UGGCCGCCUCUGAGUAGUAGUGAGAGUUUGAAACGUUGGUGUGGGUGGUGGUACCUGGCUUUCCAACUAGGGUUUUUGCAAGGCGAGGGUUUUGGGAAGAGAGGGAUGUUGUACAUCGUGGGAUUGGGAUUGGGGGACGAGAAAGACAUCACUUUGAGAGGCUUAGAAGCAGUGAAGAAAUGUGACCAGAUUUUCAUAGAAGCCUACACAUCCCUCCUCUCUUUUGGUCUCUCUUCCGACGGCCUUUCCACUUUGGAAAACUUGUAUGGAAAACCGGUCACACUUGCAGAUAGAGAAACGGUGGAGGAGAAGGCCGACCAAAUUCUAAGUGCAGCUGCUGCUUCUGACGUGGCUUUCCUUGUAGUUGGAGAUCCUUUCGGAGCUACAACUCACACUGAUCUUGUUGUUCGAGCCAAGAAGUUGGGGAUUGAUGUCAAAGUGGUACAUAAUGCAUCAGUGAUGAAUGCAGUUGGAAUCUGUGGCUUACAACUCUACCACUAUGGAGAGACAGUUUCAAUUCCGUUCUUUACUGAAACUUGGAGACCUGAUAGCUUUUACGAGAAGAUUCAAAAAAAUCGUGGGCUUGGACUGCAUACUCUCUGCUUGUUAGAUAUACGAGUGAAGGAACCUACUCUGGAAUCAUUGUGCAGAGGAAGGAAGCAGUAUGAACCACCUAGAUAUAUGUCAAUAAACACUGCAAUUGAGCAGCUUUUGGAGGUUGAGGACAAUCGAGGAGAAUCUGCAUAUGAUGAAAACACCAUGUGUGUUGGGCUUGCUCGGCUGGGAAGUGAGGAUCAGAAGAUAGUUUCUGGUACAAUGAAGGAACUGCAGUCGGUUGAUUUUGGAGCACCUCUUCAUUGUCUGGUCAUAGUAGGCAAGACCCAUCCGGUGGAGGAAGAAAUGCUGGAUUUUUACAGACUUAAAAAACAGAAUGUGGAAGGGAACGAUCGUGGCACUGUAUGAUUGUGUCUUUGGAAGGUGCAUUUGUACUUGCAAUACUGCGUGUACUGUUUGUGGCAGAGACAGAAGAGGAGGGCCGUCUGUCUUUGGUUCCGUUACCAGCUUCCAAGUCAUGCUGCACAAUCCGAUUAGUUUUGUAAUGAGUUUAGUCAAGUUGCUGUAAUACACAUUUCAUGUGCCAUAUUAAUUUCACUUAUCUUGAAUUUUGAGCCAAAUAUAGUUGUCAUGAUAUUGAUCCU